CACCUUUCCGGGAUCGGUUUAUCAUCAUCCCCCCCCGCCCCCGGCAGCGCCGGCACUUCCCACCCGCGCCUGCGCUCCCCGCGCCGACGGAGCCUCCGUGGGCCUGGGAACGGGCUGAACUGGGGGGAACCCCCGCGUGCUGCCACCAGAGACCCCCCAAACGUGAGAGAGAGCCGCCCCCAAGCCGCCGGAGCCGCCCCCGGGCGCUGCAGGGCGAUGGGCUGAGCGGACCCGGCCACUUCCUCGGCGGCAGCGGCCGGCACAGGCCAGUGCGGGGGCUGCGGGAGACACAGACCCCCCCCGAGACCCCCCGGGCCGUGCUGGGGAGGUGACCGCACCCCCCAGCCCUGCGAGGACCCCCCUGUUCCCUCCGAGGAGCUGCAGAGCCGCGACCCCGCUUUGAGGAGCGACCGCGCCGGGAGCAGCAGGUGCCAUGGCGUCGUUCCGGAUCCGGCCGUUCCGGGAGCAGGACUCGGAGGCGGUGCGGGCGCUGUUUGCCCGUGGGAUCCUGGAGCACAUCCCGGCCGGGUUCCGCCACGUGCUGCGCUCGGUGCGGGCGCGGCUGGCGCUGCUCGUGCUGUUCGUGGGGGCGCGGGCGGGCGGCGGCUCCUGGGUGCUGGGGCUGGGCACGGUGGGGCUGGCGGUGGUGCUGCUCUGGCUGCUCGUGCGCUCCCUCAGCGUGGGCUACGUGCGCGACGCGCUGGGCACCGACCUGUGCGACAUCCCCGGCACGUACCGGGCGCCCGACGGCGGCUUCUGGGUGGCCGAGGUGGGGGGCUCCGUGGUGGGCAUGGUGGCCGCGGUGCCGUCGCGGGACACGCCCGGGGCGCUGGAGCUGCGGCGGAUGUCGGUGAGCCGGGAGCAGCGCGGCCGGGGCCUGGCGCGGGCGCUGUGCCAGGAGGUGCUGGCCUUCGCCCGCGCCCGCGGCUUCGGCGCUGUGGUGCUCUACACCUCCAUGGUGCAGGUGGCGGCGCAGCGGCUCUACGAGGGGCAGGGCUUCCGCAGGGUGGGCACCUCCAGCCCCAACCUGCUGGGCACCAUCCUGCACUUCCAGAUCUUCCACUACCGCUGCGACCUGGGCGCCCGUGACGGCGCCAAGGCCAAGUAGCUCCGGUGGGGCACGGAGGGCACGGGGGACGCUGCCGUGGCACAGGAGUCCUAGGACGUGUGGCACUGCCCUGGCAUCCCAAACCCGGCACACGAGGCACUGCCCUGGCACCCCAACCUCAGCCCUGGCACAGCAGCACUGAAACGGCACCAUGACCCCGGCACGUGUGGCACUGCCA